AUGUCUCAGCUGUCUAUUUGCAUCGACAAAAGGCUUGAUUCCUUAUCAUCGAGAUCCUUUAGGCCUUUUAUCUUCAAAAUAAAUGACCAUCUACGUAGAGAAAAUGAGAAAGCUUAUGAACCACAAAUACUCGCCGUUGGUCCUUAUCACCGUAACAAAGUUCACUUACAAAUGAUGGAAGAGCACAAACUACGGUACCUACAAGAGCUGCUUAAACGAAGAAGUGAGUCGAGUGUAAACAGAUACGUGUUAGAGAUGGACGAGUUGGAAGAGGAAGCACGCAAAAGUUAUGCAGAACCCAUUAAAUUGGAUAAGGAUAAGUUUUUGGAAAUGAUGAUACUUGAUGGGUGCUUUAUCAUCGAAUUAUUUUGCAAGCUUGAAAACCAAAAUUUGAGAGAUGCAAAUGACCCCAUUUUCAAUAUUUCUGAGAUUAUGCAGAGCGCAAAACGUGAUUUAUUGUUAUUUGAGAAUCAACUUUCACUCUGUGUCCUUUUUCGGUUAUAUGAUAUGACCGAAUAUCCAGACCAACUGACCCCACUAAUUCCCUUGGCCAUCAACUUUUUAAAUACAAACUUUUUAGGUUUGUCGUGCACCAAAAUUCCAACAGACAACACCAAUCAUCUUCUAGGCCUUGUACAUGAAUCCUGGUGUUCUUCUGCAAAGGUGUCCUCCCGUCAGUCUCGUGGGAUUGAUACAAACCACAAAAAGGAAAUGAUUUCCUUAAAAAGUGUUACAGAGCUCCAAGAAGAUGGGAUUAAAUUCGUUAAGGCUGAAAAAGAGGAAUUUUUAGAAGGUGUUACAGAGCUCCGAGAACCAUUGAUUAAGGCUGAAGAAGAGGAAUCACAGAGUUUCUCUUUUCUCGAUAUUAACUUUGAAAAUGGCAUCAUGAGAAUCCCUCCUCUUCAAAUUGAUGAUGAUAUAGAGUGGCAAUUAAGAAAUCUGAUUGCCUAUGAGCAAUACAAUGGAGAAAUUGCGAAAACUUAUAUGACCGACUACGCGUUUUUUAUGGAUCGCCUCCUCAAUUCUCCCAAGGAUGUCAAAAUACUUCGCCACUCUAAAAUUAUUGAAAACUGGUUAGGUGAUGAUGAAGUUGUUUCUACCAUGUUUAACAAAAUAGCCAAUCAUGUUCAAGUCAAUCCAAAUUCUUUCUAUUAUGAGGAAGUUUUGAAGGAAGUUGAAGAGUAUUGCAAGCAUCCUUGUCAUGGAUGGAUGGCCUAUUUAAGAUAUAAUUAUUGCAACAAUCCGUGGUCUAUUCUUUCAGUGAUUGCAGCUAGUAUGUUGCUCGCACUCACUGUGAUACAAACUAAGGCUUGCUUCCUUAUCAUCGCCAUCAUUUGGGCCUUUUAUCUUCAAAAUAAAGGAACAAUUAAAGCCUAUGAGCCAGAAAUACUCAGUGUUGGUCCUUAUCACCGCGAAAAAGUUAACCUCCAAAUGAUGAAAAAGCACAAACUAUUGUACCUGCAUGAGCUGCUUAAACUAGGAAAUGAGAGUGUGGAUAGAUACGUCGAAGCCAUGGAAAACUUGGAGGAGGAAGCACAAAAUUGUUAA